ACCAAGUUUCACUGGUUAAUCAUCGAUGACAACUACUACAAAUCCGUAAUAAAGCAACAGCUCUGACUCCAAUGAUAAUUACUCAGACGUUUAUCAGGUCACAACACCACUUAAAAUAAAGUCAAACUGCUUUAGUUAGUACUUUGAAAUGUAAGUGAUGGUUAAGGAGGUCACAAGUUCAGUUCUUAGUUUCAAACUUUGUAUUUUGCUUAUCCUAAAUUUGAUUGUAAUUACACCUCAAUUUUACAAAAACUCUAACUCUAUGGGUUAGUUAGUUAACUCCAUGAGCUAGUUCCAUCCACGAGUUCUGACUUGUUCAGCAAGUCAUCUACCUUAUAUUAAUUAACCAACGCUCAACAUAUCUUAGAUUUUCUUACAGGCUACCAUGAACAUAGAGGACUUAUUCAUGAAACGAAGACCAAUAAGUUUGGAAUACGUUCAGUUCUUGUAGGAUGAUUUAUAGAUACUGAUCACACGUAGGUCUGAAAACUCACCAAGUGUAUUUUUAGUCCAAGGUUCUGGGUCGGGAGAAUUUUGUGGCUAUUUUUAAGUAAAUUACUUCUGGAACAACUCCAGAACGAAGACUUUCGAGAUGGAGCACAAUUUAAAGAUAUAGUGACCCUUCACAUCUCCUAUAUGGAUGUAUUCUAAUUGUUGGACAAAUAUUGAUAAAUCAGACACCAUGUGACUAUUGAGUCCGUCUUACAUUCCUAAUAAUUCUAUAUAUCUUACAAGUAAUCGUGACUUUCUAUAUACUUAUUUUUGUUAUCCAUGCCCUUGUUGACUAUAUUUAUGUUACUAUAUGCGCUUUGUUUGUGUGCUUGCCUAUUCACCAACUACUCUGUUUGUUGUCCACUUACUAGCCUAAAUUACACUGUUUUACCUAAAUAAGGUAAGACACAGAAUUAAUUAACGAACUGGUAUGUCACCAACCCCAAACCUUCGUUUAUUUAGUCCACAAUCACAGUUUAUCUGUGGAAAAGCAUGUAUGAAAUAUAUAGCUUCUACUAAAAUCCCGUAUUUCUACUUCAGGAGUCUUUAUCCGAAAGGACCCACCGUUGGCAGACCGUGUUAAAAGACGGGAAGCCGACAAAGAACUAAAACUUAGGUUUGACGCUGGCGAAAAGGACCUGGAAAUUGUAAAUUUUCGGGUUGUAAGACUUCGAAAGAGAAUGAUGCCGAAGCCACUCUGGGUGAAGCACGAAGUCACUUAAACAGGCUUCGGAUCUGUUACACCAAUGCACGAAGCUUACUUAAUAAGCGAUCGGAACUAGGUGUAUAGAUUGACUCUACAAAGCCAGACAUAAUCGCAGUAACAGAAACCUGGCUGACACAGGCUGUAGAUAGUUUGGAACUUGAUUUCGAGGGUUUUACGUUAGUAAGGGCAGAUAGAACACAAAAGCGCAAAGGAGGGGGAGUAGCUCUAUUCAUUAGGAAUGCUAUUCCAUUUGCCAUUAUCGACAGUGUAUCGCAUGAGAGUGGGACGUGUGAAUGAGUUAGUUGCAGCUUGAAAUGCAAGGGACAAGUGCUGCUGAUUGGUUUGGUCUAUCGCAGUCCAAGCUGUGAGGUAAAUGAGAUCUUGUUAAGCAGUCUCAAUACUUGGUCCCAAAGUGGUCGAUGUCUAAUCCUAGGGGACUUCAAUGCACCUAUGGUAAACUGGGAAAAUCUGCGAAAUAAAUCGUCGGAGAAUUCUUUCGUGCAGGAACUAGUUGAUGGGGUUAUCACAUGUGCUCUAGUGCAACAUGUGAAUGAAGCGACAAGGUACGAUCCGGACAUUGAAUCAUCCUUAUUAGAUCUUAUACUGACUCACUAUGAAGAUGAUGUUGCGAACCUCCAUCAUAUGCCACCCCUAGGUAAAAGUAAUCACGCAGUUUUAACUUUCGACUUCCAUAUAACUGCCAGUCACGAGCACGCGUCAGUCCAGUUCAGACCCAACGUCUGGAAAGCAAACAUACCAGACAUCAUGCACUCAGCAUCGUUUAUAGAUUGGACAAUAGACCCAGAGACCUCAAUUGAAACGGCCUGGGAAGCAUUUCGAAAUUCAUAUUUAAAAGUUAUCACACCUCACAUCCCUUGGACUAUACCAAAGGGGCCGAAAAACUCACCACCAUGGUUCAGUAGGGAGGUCCGUAUCCUUCUCCGUAAGAAAAGAAAAAUGUGGGAUAGAUUUAGGUUACUGGGGACUGAUGAGUCAAAAUUUCAGUAUCGAAAGGCUCGGAAUACUUGUGCCUCGACCCUCCGUAAGUCUAGAAAAUUGUACGAAAGAAAACUUGUUAAGGAAUCCAUAAUGUCCUAAACGCUUGUAUUCCUAUAUAAACCAAAAGACAAGGAGAAAAGGAAAUAUUCCUGCUCUAUGGGGAGACAGUACUGCUUCAUCAUUAGUGGAGGACGACUUUGGUAAGGCUCAAGUGUUCUCGAACUACUUUAGCAACGUAUAUACCAUAGAAGCGCCCUUCCCGUCAGCGUAUACAGAUCCCCCCAUACAUACACUGAAUAGCGUGACCAUUAAAGAACUCGAUGUCUUUGGCCUGCUAAAUAAGCUUGACAUAGAUAAAUCCACGGGCCCGAUGAAUUACAUCCUAGGCUACUGAAGGAAUUAUCUAACUUUGUUGCAAGCCCUUUAAGUACAUGCUUUAACCUAUCCGUUACGCAGGGUCAUUUACCAAAAGACUGGAAAAACGCCACAGUAAGUCCUGUCUUCAAAACAGGCACGAAACACAAACCUGAGAACUACCGCCCCGUUAGCCUAACUAGUGUGGUUGUUAAAAUCUUAGAAAAGAUUAUUCGGAAGGAGCUGUUUAAGUAUCUCGAUAAAAACUGGAUCCUCUCGGAGAAGCAGCACGGCUUCAGAAUAAAUCAUUCUUGUCUCAUUAACUUAUUAGUAGCUCGUGAAAGCUGGUGCGCUCUUAAGGACCAAAAGCUACCUGUAGACGUCGCCUUCAUUGAUUUCAGUAAAGCUUUUGACAAAGUUCCGCACAACCGACGGUUAUAUAAGUUAAGAAAAGUCGGGAUUGGAGGCAAUUUAUUGAUGUGGAUAAAAGACUUGUUAGUUGGGCAUCAACAAAGAGUAAGGGUGAACUCAAAGUUAUCUAGCUGGGAAACUGUGCUUAGUGGAGUGCCCCAGGGUACAGUUUUGGGGCCAGUGCUAUUCCUCUUGUAUGUAAAUGACCGUCCUUGUCUCCUAUCAUAAUCGGUCCUGCUAUAUGCUGACAAUGUCAAGAUAUGGAGAACGAUACGAUGUGAGGGUGAUAGCUUAGAACUCCAAAGUGACCUGAAGAACUUAUCUGAAUGGUCUCAAACAUGGCAGUUGCCGAUAAAUACUUCCAAGUGUGUUGUGAUGCAUAUCGGCCAUCAAGGCACAGACACAUACACGAUGAAUAACACUGAGCUACCUGUCGUCCAGAAAUAUAAUGACUUAGGAGUUAUUGUUAGUCAAGACUUAAAGACUACUGCACACUGCCGUGCAAUAGCCGCCAAAGGUUUUAGAACCUUAUAGUCAAUACGUAGAGCUUUUAGUCAUGUCGACGCUAAGACGUUUUUGACUUUGUAUACAGUGUUCGUUCGUCCUAAACUUGAGUACUGCAUACAAGCGGCUAGCCCCUGCUUAAAAAAAGACAGUGAGCUUCUGGAAAAGGUUCAGAGAACGGCGACUAAGCUGAUUCCCGGAAUAACGAAGCUUCCGUAUGAAGUUCGACUGGCCAAGCUGAACCUUUUCCAGUUGUCAUAUCGCAGAACUAGAGGCGACUUGAUUACAGUCCACAAACUGCUUAGUGAUAAAUUUGUACCUAAUAUUCCCUCAUUUUUCUUGUCUUCCAAAACAGAGAAUUUACGAGGACACUCAAAAAAAGUUCAUAAGCCGAGAACAAAUUACUUGUCAGUUGACUAUCGACUUUCCCAUCGAAUCAUCAACGACUGGAAUUCACUACCUCAGCACGUGGUUGAGGCUACAUCCGUCGACUCUUUCAAAAGAAAGUUGGAUCAACUGAGAGACCACCAUUGCCAGGACUAACAUGGGCCAUCAAGCCUCCUGUCCUUCGCAAACUGAAACUGUUUUUUACUUCUGAUAUACUGUCGUAUUAACAUGUUAAGUUGUAGGAAUAUAUAUAAAAAUUAACAUGCGACAUACAAGUGUGUACAUCACCAUGAUUCACCAUCAAUUGGAGUAAAAAAGAGCCAAAACGACCAUUUUGAAGAGAUUAUACGUGCACUUUCCAUUAACUAAAUCUAUAAAUGACUUAAUGAACAACUCAACACAUAAGAUACUUCAGGUAGUUAGCUUCGAUUGGGUUCCAAAGAGCUUUCAAGUUGUGUUAGUUCAGUGUGUAAAAUAAACAUGAGACACUAAGUAAGUUAGAUUAUGGCUUGAAGCGUCGAGACUUGUGUUAGGUCUGAAACAAGAUAUCUUGCCAAUAAACCACAUUUCUGAGACUUACCACAGACAGCACAAACAAAGUAAAAGACUAAGGAACUACUGAAAUAUACUCGGCUUUUUUAACGAUACUUUAUUUCAUCCUAAUUUUCUGUAAAAUUGCAUACAAACAGUGUUUGUGAACGAUAGUUGCAAUUGAUCGUGAAUAACAAGCGCAAUAGAUAACCUUCCUACUGAUAACAACAGUCUAAGCAAACAAAUGAUGGUUAACGCAAUCAAGAUAUAGGGAACAUAUUAAAAUAAGUUCAUAAUCUACAUAUACUAGUGAGAUGUUACUAUGGUAAAUUACUCGAGCUUUCCAAAUGAGUUCAGGCUGUUAGGAUACAGAUACAGACGUUAUCGAAAUAAAAAAACACCUUUUAGUAAUGUAAAGAAUCACGAAUUGAAAGCCCACAAAGUUGUCCAGUACUAAAAUGUCCAAUUCCAGCAAACUGUAUCCCCAACCAAAAAUUUGCCAUCAC